AUGAAAGAAGAAGAAGGAAAAGCAGCAAUGUUUGUACGGUUCAGCAAAAGAGAAUUUUUGGAGGAGGCAAAGAAGAGGAAAAAGACAGGACAAAACAAUCAGAAAAGAGGCUACUGGAAGAGUAGGAGAAACAGAGAAAACUGUGACGAUGACUGUGCGGGAAGGCUGCGGAAGAGCGCGCGCGGAGACGAAAAGACAGGCGGGUGGCAACAGGAAAUGAACGAAAAUAGUGAAUGGAAGGAUGAGGUUUUGGAGAAGGAUGAAUACAGAGACAGACAGCUGAUCCGUUUAUUAAGAGAGGAACGGUUGAGAGAAGGUUUAGAUCGGUAUUUAUGA